ACGUGACACAAAAUGGCUGAUGCCAACAAGCACACACUAAAGUUCUUGCAAGAGGCACAGAACAUUGUUCCAGCUGGUUCUGCUCCGUUCCUUGAACUAGGAAAGAACCUGCAGAAAUUUAUUGGAAAUGAUGCAAGUUUGAUGAGAAAAGGAUCUUUCCUUCAAAACUGUCCGUUCUGCUACUCACUCCUCCUUCCUUCCCUUGCAACGAUUUCUACUGUUAGCAGAAAGAGAUUAAAGAAAAGCAAACGACAUUUCCCUGUGUUAAACAUAAUAGCUUCAACACAGCCAGCAUCAUCAGGACAAUCAUUUGUUAAAAAGCAGAAAAUCAAACAUUUCAUAAAAAUACAUUGCAAGGUUUGCAAAAGGACUCAUCUCAUACCAUUCUCUCAAAAGAAAUCUCUUCCUUCAUCAAAACCAUGUCCCAGGACUCCUUCCUCUGUAAAAUCUACACCAAAUCGUCGACGCUCUCUUGAUCUCAAAAGUCUCCUCAGACAGACUACCCCAAAGACCCCAUCAACCCCUUCGUUAUUAGACUUUCUAUAUACAUGAUUUAUAGUGCAAACUCAAUAAAAAUUAUUAUAUAUAA